UUUCUUGUUGGCACAACCAAGUCAUGUUGAUUUCAUCCCUUAAAUACAAUACAUUAGUGGUCUGCAGAGAAUAGAUAUGAACUGUCAUUGUUAUCACUCAUUACCUGUCACAUGUAUACAGGGUGUUUAUAAAUAAAUUAGAUUAUUAGGAUACUUGGAAUUUCUAUAUCAUUUUCGGAAUGAGAUUUUUAAAUAAAAUAAGAUUUUAUUACAGAAAAUUAAUUAAUUUUCCAUACAUAUUAGUUCGCACAUUUUUAAUCCCUAUAUUUUGCCAAGGCUAUUCGGUUUCGACUUUCGCAAGAUAAUCAGAUUUUUUCUUGAGUUAUUAAUUAACGUUUGCUUACGAAGAAGAACGGUGCGUUGGCCAGUGCUAUAUGCAACAAGAAGAACAACAUAGAACAACAACACCUGUUGCUGAAUGGAUUGGAAAAGUGGUACUUCUGGUAAGCAGAAGAGAUUUGGAUUCAGAGCUUUAUGGAUUCCUACAAGGAAGAAUCGCAAACGUAACAAUUAUUACGUGAGACAUACGGACCACAGCAAUCGCUCUAUUAUGGCAACUGAUUCGCCUACUCCCGAUCACAGUGAUCAUAUCAACUAUUCAGCGGACUCAGGGCGCAUGACUCCGCCUCCAACCACAAGCUAUUCGAAACCGGAAGUUGUAGUCGACUCGUCUUUAGCUGUUGAACCAACGAAGGAUGAUAAAGACAAAGAUGAAUCUGAUUUUUCUAGACCUGACGCGAAUCCUGAUUCUAAUCCGGAGAAAGUGGAUAGUGGAAAAGAUAAAGGGAAUUCCAAGAGUAGUGACGGAGGAGCCGCCUUCAUCGAUAAAAAUAAAGAAGAUGGCAAACUUAAUGGCGGUGAUAGUAGAUUAGAGAACAAAUGGAUCCCACCCCCAGCUCUUGUCGAUGAUAAAGAUGAUUCCGAGGAAAAGGAUUGUGCAGUAAACUGCAUUUAUUACACAUUGCAGUGUUGUGAAUGUACCAUUACAUAGAAUAUAUAUUUUUAAUCAUUUUAAAAUUCAGCCAUUUAUUCUUUUUGUUUUA